AUGAGUAGUUUAUCAACAAAAAGAUCUAAGACAAGAAAGCACCAGACUAGUGCUAAUAUUCAAUCUAGCUUCAGCUUAGAUAAUCUUUACAUUUCUGAUAUUGCUAUUGAAAAUUCUAAUAGCUUAGCUGAACUAGAUAUCACACCUACACUUUCCAAUUCACAAACAGAUAAGGUUCAACCUACAAAUCCAAAGAAUAAUCUUAAUAGAUCACUAAUUUCAAAUAACAAUAUCACUUCUACUCUGAACCAAAAUUCAGAUAAAGAAAUGAAAAUGGAAACAGAUUCUUCAAGUACAAUUACUACAACCUCUGAACUUGAAGAAAAUACAUCUAAUGCUGAGAGUGCAGAAACU